CAACCUAUAAAGCGCAAAUAAAAGAAGAAGGAAGGGGAACUUUGCUACGCGCAUUGAAACGCUCGGAUAUUAAUCGACUCAGUUCAUAUUCAACGUUUAUCGAUACAGGACUGGUGACAAGCAAAAACAAACUCAAAAAAUGGAUAUCAGUUCAUUGAUGUGCAAAUCAUUACAGUGGCCGGGCUCAAUUUCAACAUUUUACAAUAAUCCUUUUCCUCGUAGACCUUGGCUUACUGAUACUGGAGCUGCUGCGGCUGCCAUCGGUAGUAACGGUGUUAAAGGAAUCGUGGCCGGUGGUAUUACCGGCGGUAUAGAAAUAUGUAUUACAUAUCCAACUGAAUAUGUAAAAACACAAUUACAACUUGAUGGAAAAGCUGGUGCUGGUAAGGAAUAUACAGGAAUAUGGGACUGUGUGAAAAAAACUGUAAAAGGUCAUGGAAUUUUUGGUCUAUAUAGGGGCCUAUCAGUAUUAAUUUAUGGUUCAAUACCAAAAUCAGCUGUACGUUUUGGUUCCUUUGAAGUAGUGAAAGGUGUAUUAGCAGAUUCAGAUGGAAAACUUACUACUCAAAGAAGUUUGUUAGCAGGAUUAUGUGCUGGUACAUCUGAAGCUAUUUUGGUAGUUACUCCCAUGGAAGCUAUUAAAGUAAAAUUCAUUAAUGACCAACGAUCUGUUAAUCCAAAGUACAGAGGAUUCCUUAAUGGAGUAUCAAUGAUUACCAAGGAAUAUGGAUUCAGAGGCAUAUAUCAAGGAUUAACACCUACAAUUUUAAAGCAAGGAUCAAACCAAGCAAUUAGAUUUUGUAUCAUGGAAACAUUAAAGGAUUGGUAUAGAGGUGGAGAUUCAAAUGUACAAAUACCAAAAUAUGUUAUUGGUACAUUUGGUGCAGUUGCUGGUGCAGCAUCUGUUUUUGGAAAUACUCCAAUUGAUGUUGUAAAAACUAGGAUGCAGGGCUUAGAAGCUUCAAAAUACAAAAAUAGUUUAGAUUGUAUGUUACAAAUAUGGAAGAAUGAAGGUCCAACAGCAUUUUAUAAAGGAACUGUACCAAGAUUAAGUAGAGUAUGUUUAGAUGUUGCCAUAACAUUCAUGAUCUAUGAUUCCUUCAUGGAUAUUUUUAAUCGAAUUUGGUCUUGA